AUGCACAAAUAUCAGCCUCGUUUUCAUGUUAUCUACAUCGACCCAAAAGGUGAUGAAUGUCCGGAUACGCAAAAUUUCCGCGCUUUUAUUUUCCCAGAGACGAAAUUCAUGGCAGUGACAGCUUACCAAAAUCAUCGUAUUACACAACUGAAAAUAGCAAGUAAUCCGUUUGCCAAGGGAUUCAGAGAUUGUGAUCCAAAUGAUUCCCAAAGGCCGGAAUCGCAUCUAUCUAUCUAUCUAUCUAUCUAUCUAUCUAUCUAUCUAUCUAUCUAUGUUACACUAUUCAUAUCUAUCUAUCUAUCUAUCUAUCUAUCUAUCUAUCUAUCUAUCUAUCUAUCUUUAUCUAUUAUGCAUUCUUACACUAGAACAUGCGGGAACCGAAGCCGCAAUCAUCAUAGACCAAGUUCUUUAUCUUUAAAGAUUUUAGACGAAGACAAGAGUUACCUAGAGCGAGAUGUGGCUAAUUCCCAACUGGCUCGUGUUAUCAGCCCAAAUAUGACGGGCAGCCUCAAUCUGCAACUGUCCCGUGGUCCUGAACCCCCACGAACACCGCAGUACACAGACGGUUAUAGUUACUCCCCUUACAGUCCCAGCAACUAUAUGCAAACAGCAAAGGUGCGACCAAGCCCGUAUGCAAGGGAAAUGGAUUAUACCUCUUACCAUUCACGAGUAAAAGGAUUUUAUACGCGAGCAAACACACUUGGUGCACAAAUGCGUGAUCCGAUGGCUUGGGGCGCACAACCGAUGACGUAA